AUCUCUGCAGCGCGCGGGCUUCUUUUCGGCCAUUAAUGCGGCCAUCAAUGCGAAACUUACCCCGUUAGGGGUUCUGCCGUAUCGAUUUUUCAUGCCGCUUCGGUUCGCCCUCUCCUUCUCCGUCGUCGACAUGGCCAGCCGCCGUUACUCCUGUGUUUGCCAGGACGAUUGCGUAGUGGGCCUAUCGCUAUCUCCGCCGUGGCAUGGCGGGGGUGGUGUGUACGAUCUUAGCCCCUUCUCUUUUGUUGCGUGUGGUGGCGGGCCUACGCUACGACGUGGACUCCAGCAACUCGCCGGGCGGGCGUAAGAUGCGCGCGAUGGUGUAGAUGGCUGUGAGGAUUUGGGCGGAUUUGACAGGGAUCUUUUUUUCCCUUUUAAACUGAUCUCCUCCAUGCUUAUUGAAAUGCCUAAUUUUUCCUCCUCCACGACGUGGCCUCCAGCAACUCGCCGGGGCGGCGUGGAAUGCGUUCGUCGGUGUAGAUGGCUGUGGCGAUUUGGCCGGAUUUGAUAGGGUGUAUGGGCUCUCGAUUUGACCCUGGGGUUUCUCAUUUUUUCCCCCGUUUUCCCCUUAAACUGAUCUCCUCCCUCUUAUUGCAAUGCCUGAUUUUGCUAUAAAUAGCAUCUCUGCUCUUGGUCUCCUUCUUACUUGUUUGCUUCUUUACUCUUCUCUUUGGUUAGCGCUUGGUUGUUCUGUUGGCUUUGUUGCUUUAGUUUGCCGCAGCUGGUAUCGUAAGGCGGGUUGGCUCUGUUCCUUGUCCGAAAAAAAGGCAAUAUUUUCUUAUAAAACUUGCAUUAGAAGCAUCGCUGCCCGGGCGACGCCCAGAUUCAAAUUAAUUUGGUGGCGACCUUUCGCCCCCGACUCCCCUACCCCUAUCGCUUUCCUCGCACGUCACUCCAUCGCCGCCCAACCCCGAGUCUUUCCGCUCUCUUCAAUAAAUUAUCCCCAUCCUCCCAACAAUCCCCCAUACUCCACCAUGAAACCCCUCCUCCUCCUCUUCCUCCUGUUCCUCCCCCUCUUCUCCAUCGCCUCCCAGGAUCCCCACAUCCUCCCCAGACCCCUCAUCCUCGAACUACCCUCCCAUGGCGGCACCGAGCCCUCGAUCGCCGGAUCCGCCGGAGGCGAAGCAGAAGAAGAGGGAGAAGAAUCAGCGGAGCUCCGCCGGCUGCGGUGCAGCAGCUGGCGGUUCGCGGCGGAGGCGAAUAACUUGGGGCCGUGGAAGACUGUCCCCGCGGAUUGCGCCGGGUACGUGAGGGAGUUCAUGACCGGCAGGGCGUACAAGUCCGACCUCGAGAUCGUCGCGCAGUCGGCCGCCGCCUACGCCCGCUCGGUCCGGCUGGCCGGGGAUGGGAUGGAUGUCUGGGUUUUUGACGUCGACGAGACGCUGCUCUCCAACCUCCCCUACUAUGCAGAUCAUGGCUAUGGACAUGAGCUUUUUGAUGCGCAUGAGUUUGACAAAUGGGUAGAGAAGUCAAUAGCUCCAGCUAUUCAGUCCAGCCUGAAGCUGUAUGAAGAAGUCAGAGCACUGGGUUUUAAGGUUUUCUUGCUAACAGGGCGAAGUGAAGGCCAUAGGACUUUUACGGUGGAGAACCUGAAGAAAGUCGGGUUUCAAGAUUGGGACAGGCUUAUAUUAAGGGGUCCGGAUGAUCGGGGGAAACCUGCGACUAUGUUCAAAUCAGAGAAAAGGCGUGAGAUGGAAGUAGAUGGUUAUAGAAUUCUCGGGAAUUCCGGGGAUCAGUGGAGUGACUUAUUGGGUUCGUCGCUGAGCAAUCGCUCCUUUAAACUCCCGAAUCCCAUGUAUUAUAUUCCAUGACAGAUCUAACACAUUCACAUAUUAUUUCCUGCCCAGAUUAUGGUCAGAGAUUGUACAUAAGUUGAAACAUAGUGAAACAGAUUCAAAGUGAAAAAUUGAUUCUUUGUACAAUCUGAUUCAAUUGCAAUAAUUUAGAACAUCAAAUUGCUUCCAUGCUGAUCUUGUAAUUCCCUUACAUUUAAAUUUCACAGCUGGCAUUGUUUUUGUAA